AUGACCGAUGAGAAACAGAAUUUUAGUUUUAAAAGACUUUUCCUGUCAGGGUUCCUGGACCGUUCGGAGGUAUCAGGGCUCAUCCAGGACAUAAGGGAGAGGCAGUCAGGACUAAAAGUACACGAGCUGCAGUCGUAUCCGUUUCUGCACAAGCUACCAGUUCUUCCUGACUUCAUCAAGUACUUCUCGAAGGAGGAGAGGUCGCUGGUGCUUCCAUUCGUGGCAGAUAUCACGACUUCCAGCGAAAAGGAGGACCAGAAGUACAUCAACAUCGACGAAAUAAACUUGUGCGACCAGCAAUACUUUAAAUUGAACAGAUGUGUGAUAGAGGGUCUGGCCAAAGAUAACAAGGACAAGGAUAAGCCUAAAUUCAACAGACUGUCAAGAUGUAAAUCGCAUUACAUUAUUUACAACAAGUGUGUAACCAGAAGGGACAAGACCAUAGAUAACAUGAUAUACAAGCACGAAUCGGACCAUAUGAAGAAGAUUCCCAUGGAUAAAAGGCUGGAGUACAUUCAGGAGUUGGAGAAGAACAUCGGAAACUAUAAGUCUAAAUCGGAUGAAAGCGACGAAGCAGCAGAAAAAUUUGCAAUGAGUCGGAGCACGAAGUUAAUGACGAGUAGACUAAACAGGCUUCGGAAGGCCCAUUUAUAG